AUGGCGACCCCCGCCGGUCGCACUCUGUAUAAGAAAAAGGACGGCAUCCUGACCUUGACCGGCGACAACCAGACGGUUACAUGGACGCCCAACUCAGGGGGGCCGCCGACGGUCUCUCUGCCCGUCGCCAACCUUCAGCAGACACCGGACAGCGCAGCCAAGGUGAUGCUCAAGAUCUUCGAGAAGUCGGAGAGCGGAGGCGACCCGGUCACGUAUCUCUUCCACUUCCACACCUCCGAAGCCAAGACGGAAGCAAAGUCGAUCAAGGAUGUGCUUUCCCGACUGUUGGCAGAUCUUCGCGCCAACGAUGCCAGCAUCCCGCGGCCCGCCGCAGCAGGGACACCGUCCGGGGCGGGCUCAUCGACUCCUGUCGCAAACGGCAGCGGUAGCGCCUCCGCUUCCAUGGCGUUUGCCAGCGCGGUCAAUGCGCAGCCAUCCUCGACUCGAUGGUUUGACGACAGCCAGCUCAAAGUUGACAUUGAGCUGCAGCAGUCCCUCAUGAAGAAGGACCGAGCCCUCUAUCAAACUUAUAUGGAGGCCAUGGCGGCGAAGCCAGAGUCUAUUUCCGGAGCGGCUUUUAACUCACAAUUCUGGUCCACCCGGACAAACCUCCUGAGGGCACAUGCCAUCGAAAUAAAUCAGAAAAGGGGCGCCUACAACGUGCUUUCAACAGUCAAGCCACGCACCGUUGACGGAGAGCUCAAGCUCAAUAUUAGCGUCGAACAGGUGCAGAUGAUAUUCGCACAGCAUCCCCUCGUGAAGCGGAUAUACAAUGAGAAUGUUCCGAAGGUGUCAGAGGCCGAGUUUUGGUCACGGUUCUUCCUCAGCAGGCUAUCGAAGAAACUGAGGGGAGAGCGUGUGAAUGACAAUGACCGGCCGGAUGCGCUCUUCGACAAGUACGACGUGAGCGAGAAUACGGAAGGCUUUCAGAGUAGGAUUAUGGCACAGAGCGUGCCGCACAUCAUCGACAUCGAGGCGAACGAGGAGAACCAAGGCGGCUUCAAGUCCGGGAACGCCAAGGACGUCGAGAUGCGACCGAGGAGCAACAUACCCAUUGUCAAGACUCUCAACAGCCUCAGUGAGAAGAUCAUGGCCAACGUUGCGCCGUCGGACACCCCUGUUGACGACAACCUCAGCACGUACAACGAGCUGUCGCUGAGAGAUCUCCGGGGUGACGCCCAAGAGCACCGCAUCAUGCUCAACGUGAAGGAGCAGAACAAGUUCUUCAAGAAGCAAGACUCGGCACCGUCGACGAACGAGCGCAUCUUUGCGGCGCAGGUUCCGGCGGAAGUACUGUCCCGCAUGAGAUCGAACGUUCGAGCCUUUGACGCCAACGGGACGACGGACCAGAGUGGUCUUCUCGCAACCGUCCAGUUUGACGACGAAAGCGACAGCGACGACGAAGAAAAGAAGCGGACCCAAGUCGGGUCACGCGCCGCCGUCAAGGCCGCCGAGAAGGAGGUCAUGUCGGGCAUUCUCCAACAGCGGGCUCAAAAGUACGGUCACGCCAGCGACGCAACGUCUCCCAUGGGCCUGCCCGCCGGCAUGGUGGACAAGUGCGCUCUCACGCACGCUACAAGCAUCGAGUUCCUGCACCAGUUCUGGACGGCCUUUCUCUCGGGAGACCCAGACCGUGCUGCCGAGCUGCAGUACUUGGCCGAAUCGCUGAAGCGCUCCACCGCGCGCAUCACCGCCGUGGCGGACGAAGCCGAGACGGAGAGGGAAGCGAUCAUCCGGAAGCGCAAGCAGGAGAUUCGUGACCACUUCGAGCGCACCGGAAAGAAGAUUCGGUGGAAAUCGGACAUGGUGGGCGGUGGACGCGAGGCCGUACUGAAGAUGAUGAAGCCCGCGCUAGAUGCCCUGGCCAAGGCGCAAGGGGACUACUCCAGGGCCCUUGCCGCCGAAGGCAUCCAGAUCUCGACAGAAUGA